AUGCCAAUGUCCGAAGAAGCCACAAAACAACUGCUUGACGGCAUCCCGUCCCGCGUGCGGGGGCCGGGCGGCGCAAUCGCCGUACUCAAAGACGGCAAGCUCAUCGGGCAACGGGUCUGGGGCUACGCCGACCUCGUCCGCAAGAUCCCCAUGACCGCCGAAACUCUACUGCCAAUCUGCUCAAUCUCAAAGCAGAUGCUAUGCGCUCUCAUGUACGAUUUGGAGCACAAUCCACCCGCCAGCCUGGCCGACAAGGGUGACGUCAAAGCGAAGUUCUCGGACAAGAUGACAGCACUUCUGCAUCCAAACCUGACCCGUGAGGGAGCCCUGACGAUUGACCAUCUGGCCAACAACCAGUCAGGCAUCCGGGAUUACUGGGCUCUAAGCGUGCUAUGGGGAGCCCAGCCGGAGGACCGCUUCUCGAUAGCGGACCACAGCAAGCUCAUGAUCGAGCGACUCCAGUCCUUCCACUUCGAGCCCGGUAUGGAGUACUCAUAUGCCAACACAAAUUUCCACAUUUUGGGCCGAAUCGUGGAACAAGUGACCGGAGAUUCGAUCGCUUCGUUGCUUGAACAGCGCAUCUUCGGCCCGGCGGGUAUGAAGACCGCACGGCUCGCGGCCGAUACUGCACAGCUGCCACCUCCGUGUGUCGGAUACGAAGGGGAUGAGCAGCGCGGAUUCUUCCCUGCCGACAACAAGAUCGAGUGGGCUGGCGAUGCCGGCGUUGUUGCGUCGCUUAGCGAUAUGAUUGCUUAUGAGCAAUACUUGGACCGCAUCUCAACCGAGCGGGGUAGUUGGUAUGAAGCGGCCUUGAAGCAGCCGUUGUACAAAGACGGGACGCCUGCAGGUUAUGCUCAAGGGCUGGGCCACGGCAAGAUCGAAAACGUCAAAGUAGUCGGCCACAGCGGCGCAUUGCGCGGUUUCCGUCUUUAUCGAGUCCAUGCUCCUGAAGAACGGAUCUCCGUUGUCGUCCUGCUCAACCACGAGGGCGGCUCAGCAGCGCCAGCCGAGGAAAUCAUCCGAGGCCUGCUUGAUUUGAAGAAAUCUGAACCUGCCCCGGUCGAUGCAGACGCAAGCUGGUUCGGUACAUUCCUCGACGAACAGACGCAGCUCGCCAUCACCGUAUCCCAUGGCGCGAAGGGCAAGGUCAACAUUUCCUACGCCGGGUCCGCGGAGGCGAUCAACCUCAAGGAUCCGAAGCACGCCGAGUCGCCUGGCAUGGUGGCCAAGAUUGAUGGGGAUCAGCUCAAGAUUCAUCGUGUCAAGGAGAAUCGGGCCCUGAAGGCGUCCCGCAUUUCGCCAGGAGGGCCGGUCGAUUACUCUGCGUUUGGUGGCGACUUUUACUGCGCUGAGAUCGAUUCGACAAACAGACAAUACCUGACAUUAACAACAAUCAUGUGCCAACAGCUAGAAGAGCUCCUCGUCUGCUGCUCCUCAGCCUGCCGCUCGGAGGAGCACGGUAUCCGCCUUCCCCUCCUCCGCCUCAUUCCUACACCGAAUCCGUUCUACGUCCUCUGUCAAAAGGCGACCCAGAUGGGCUACCGCCCAGACGCCAACUGCCUAGGCCGCCUGGUCUUGAGCCAGCGUCCCGAUCAAUGCCCCGAUUACCGCGCAGCCCCCGACGCCAAGACCAACAACAUCCUCUCAUGGACCGCAUCGCGAGAUAUUAUGACACGAUCCAACUUCCCAACCCACAUCCUCUGCGCCGCCUGCUUGGGUAUCGGUCACGGCGGUGUGGUUAACAUCCAGCCAGCCUACAUGCAACCAAUUGGCCAGACAGGUGCGAUGCCGCUUCAUAUCACCAUGAACGUCACUGGGGUCCGCAAUCGUUGGAUCCGAGGUGAGUGGACUUGUUGCUCCAAGGGCGAGUGUCAGCCCGGAAAUCUCUGUGAGUAUCGUGCCGCCGCUGUUAUUGCGGCUAUGCAACAGAACGAACUUGCCCGAGAGCGCGCACAAGCUGAAGAGCAGGCUCGGCAGGAAGCUGCUCUCGCUCUCUUUAGCUUAAGUCAAACUGGUAUUAUUUUCCCUACCCAAGCACCUCGCCCUCCCCAAGCCCCUCAACCUACCCCUUCAGAGCCGGCAGUUGAUCCAGAGGAUGGCAUGGAUUUUGAAUAUGACAUCCCGCGCGCGGCUUCUCCGUCGCCUGCUAAUGAUGUAGUUGAUGAUGAUGCUAACCAAGCACAGACUGACAACGGUGAGGGAUCUUCUUCAGAUGCACAGCCCAAACCAUUUGGUGUCGCCGAGAAUGGCGAGGUUAUCUACGAUUGCAUUGUGGUUCGAGACCCUUGCAUGAAUGGUUGUGAGAAGUGUAAUUUUGGGAGAAACAAGCGUCGCCGUCAAUAA